CUUUUACUACCCUCAGCAGUCCUCGCUCAGUAUACCUUCUGCCUCUGCUGUGUGUGGACGAGUAGCCGAGUCGCGCUCCCAAACCUACACUGGACAUUAAUUAUACUUCUCGUUCCCUCUAAACAUUAUUUAUGGGAAGCUGUCUUGGAUCCUCUGGCAAGGCGGACCUGCCUCACGACCAAAGGGAAGGCGGCAUGCAGAUCGCCGGCAGUGUGGCGGUGAUCACAGGAGCAGCCCGGGGCCUGGGCCGAGGCUUCGCCGAGGUGCUCCUGGCCAGGGGAGCUAAGGUAUGCGUAGCUGACAUAGACAAAGAGGCAGGCUCCGCCACGGUCGAGGAGCUUCAGGCCAAAUACAACCCCGACAACGUCAUUUUCGUUGACUGUGACGUCACCAACGAUGAGUCUUUUAAAGGAGUGUGGGAAGCCGCCGUUGAGAGGCUGGGGCCCGUCUCACUCCUCAUCAACAACGCGGGUAUUGGCAAUGAACAGAACUGGCAGAAGACAAUUGAUGUUAACUUGGGCGGCUGCAUGCGGGGGACGCUAUUGGGCCUGGAGAAGAUGGGAGUCAACAAGAGCGGCGCUGGGGGCGUGGUGGUCAACAUCUCCAGCAUCACGGGGCUCAAGGCUGCACCCCUGGGACCCAUCUACGCCUCCACCAAACACGCCAUCGUUGGCCUCACCAGGAGUUUAGGGUCUGAGUUCCACCUGAAAUACAGCGGGGUGAAGGUGCAGGCGCUCUGCCCAAGCCUAGUGAAGACCGACCUUCUCACCAAUUCAGCGAAGACUGCCUUCUCUCCAGAGGUCGCCGCUGCCAUGGCCAACUUAGCCGCCUCAAUUAAAGAUAUGUCGACAGAGACGGUGGCGGAGGCCCUGGUGAAGCUCCUGGAGGAGGGUCGUAACGGAGCGUGUCUGGUGGUCGCUGCAGGUGUUGAGCCCUUCUACGUGGACGCCCCUAUACCUUCCUAAUAGAGCUCGACUCCGGUACGCAAGUUAAAGUAUGUUUAAUGAGACAAGAAAAUACAUCCCAAAGGGAUAGAGUAGCUUAGGCUAUUUCUACCCCCCCCCCCUGUUCCGGUGCGCAGCUCUUCGGGAAAUCCCAUUUCACAAACACGUCCAAAAUGACUGAUACGUUUUAAAUUUUUGAAUUUAGUUUCCCCUAACUCUCAUGUGCUAUCUCAGUUACCCCCAACUCCUGAGUUAUAACAUUCACUAGACGUUGAAAAGACUGUUGCAUUAUUAUAAUAUAAUAUAUAUUGCUUAAUUUGUUAUAUUAUGAUUGGCAAUUGUUCAGUCAUUCGUUUAGCAAAUGGCACAUCCCGUAUUUCUUGGACGGCGUCACGAAACUGGUCAAAGUUCCAACAGUAGUUAGGAGGUCAUGCCACUAAUCAUUUUUAAAGAUUCGUACUAAUAUAAAUUCCUUUAUAGUUAGCUUUUGUAUGAUUUAUUUUUGUAUUUUUUUAAACUAUAAUAAGGAAAUCAAAUGUGUUUCAUCCUUGUCCUUCCCUCGAAUGGUUGCUAUUUCAAAUCAGAAUAUAUUUUUGUUAUAAAAAAUAAUUUAAUAAUAUAGAUAUUUUAAAUAUAUCUCCAUAAGUAUGUAACUAGCUCAUCAGUGCUGUAAUUUACUUAGCUAAACGAAUGUUCGGUUUCAGUUCGUGAACCCCAUUAUGUUUCUAAACUCAUACCCCUGUAACUCUUUCCCACCACCGCUCAUCAGAUGGGUGUGUGGUACAAAAUAUAUGAACUAAACUAAAAUUACAGUUUUUGACCUUGAGAUUAAAACUUAAACCAGCCAGCUUCGAAUAUCCCGUGAAUGUUGGCAUAGGUUUAUUAUUUUACAUUGUAGGUCGAACAACGUUUUUUUUGUAUAAUUACAUUGUACGAUAUUAAUAAUUACUUGUCUAGUAAAACUAAAUUACA